CUGGGAUUAGUCACAUUUUGACAGUGAAAGGAACAAGAUCGGUUUCUUGUGUCCCUCUUCUUUUGUUGUGAGUGAUUCCAUACGACUGUGUUCUAGUGAAUUGUAAGCAUAUUUAUUGAGUUGGUCGACCCGAAAGGGCAAAAUAAUAAAUACAGCGAAGGAGAAAUCUCCUUUUGUUUUCCCGAGUGAAAAUUUCCCCUGCAAAACAAAACCAUCGGGUUCCAGAAUCCAGGUUUAGCUAACAUCCUCCCUUUUCCCUCUGCCUUCUCAAAACCAGCCGAACCAAACGGAUCCUUUUAUUACUGUUUUGCUUUCUCGAAAAUGAAACCGACGAGUACUCUCUUCUGGACUGCCUUUUCUGUGUUGUUACUCGUAUUUUGGGUGGGUGCGGUUAAUUCUGGCGACAUUCCAUGUUCCUUGACUGCCUUCACUUGCCGCAACGGCGAAUGUAUUCCAAAAUCAUGGCAAUGCGAUGGGUCUAAGGACUGUUCCGACGAGAGCGAUGAGGAUCCAGAAAUUUGUCCAGAGAAGAAAUGCAAAGAGACGGAGUUCCGGUGCCUGAACGGCAAGUGCAUCCCUCACCGGUGGCAGUGCGACGGGGAAUCGGAUUGCAUCGAUAUGUCGGACGAGGACCCACAACAUUGCGCUUUAAACAAGUGCAAAUCGGACGUCCGCGACCAGUGGCAGUGUGCCAGCGGGGAAUGCAUCCCUCUCAACUGGCACUGCGACGAUGAACCGGACUGUGGUGACGGUUCUGAUGAGGUUAAUUGUACCUAUCACAUAGAAUGCAAAGCAGACGAAUUCACGUGUCACAACCGGGGCAAUAAAUCGAACUGCAUCCCUCUCAACUGGGUUUGUGAUGGCUCCCCAGACUGCGACGACAGAUCGGACGAGUUCUCGUGUAACGCUACCUGCACAUCCGAACAAUUUACGUGCUCUUCUGGAAAAUGCAUUUCCAAACGAUGGCAGUGCGACGGAGAUAACGAUUGCGGCGAGGGCGAUAAUUCAGAUGAAAUUGGCUGCCCCAAUAAAACCUGUUCGUCAAAUGAGAUUCUGUGUGAUGACGGGAUGUGCAUAAAAAGAGAAUGGAGAUGUGACGGUGAGGUGGAUUGUAUCAACGGAACUGAUGAACAUAAUUGCCCUAACAAUACUUGUCGAGCCGAUGAGUAUUCCUGCUCUGGAGGUUUUCAGUGUAUUCGCCAUGAAUGGCUUUGUGAUGGUGACAUGGAUUGUCCUGAUGGCGAUGAUGAAAAUGAAGAGCAUUGUCCACAUCCAUGUGCUAAGGAUGAGUUUAUGUGUGGUGAUCAGUCUUGCAUCCCAAGCAAGAUGAAAUGUGAUGGCUUCCCAGAAUGUAUAGAUGGAUCUGAUGAGAAAGAUUGUGAUCCAGUUUGUAAGGAAGAGACCGAGUUCAACUGUGGUGACCAUUGUAUUCCUAUGGAAUUGGUUUGCAAUGGAAACGAUGAUUGCGGCAAUGCAAAAGACGAACCAACUGACGGUAGCUGUGGAAAAGAUGAGUGCUUGGAAGAUAAUGGUGGAUGUGCUCAAAUUUGCAUGGAUGCGCGUGCAGGCCAUUUCUGUAAAUGCAAAAAGGGCUAUAUGCUUGUCAAUGGCACACAGUGUGAAGAUAUCGAUGAGUGUUUGGAACCAGGCAUAUGUUCACAACUAUGCUGGAACCUUAAAGGCAGCUAUAAGUGUGAAUGUGUAGCUGGGUACUCCAGAGACCCUCAUAAUCCUCGCCAUUGUAAACCAAUGGAAGGACAUGCUUCUCUUCUCUUUGCUCAUUUUACUGACAUAAGGAAAAUCUCUCUUGAUCACCAAGAGAUCACAGCUAUUGUCAAUGAAACAUUUGGCUCAACAGCACUUGACUUUGUCUUUAAAACUGGUAUGAUCUUCUGGACUGAUGUUCGUGACAAAUGCAUAUACAAAGCUCCUAUUGAUGAAGGCAGUAAGAAGGAAGUUGUCAUUGACAAUGAUGUGACAACUGUUGACGGUUUAGCAGUUGAUUGGUUGUACAAUCAUAUAUACUGGACAAAUACUGACAAAGACUCCAUAGAGGUUGCUGAUUUUAAUGGAGAAAUGAGGAAGACACUUAUUCGGGACAGAUUAGAUGAGCCCAGAGCUAUUGCAGUGUACCCUUCUGAAGGAUGGAUGUUCUGGACUGACUGGGGUCAGGAUGCUAAAAUUGAGAGAGGAGGCAUGAACGGAAAAGCCAGACGGGCCAUAGUUACGCAAGAUAUUCGGUGGCCAAAUGCCCUUACUCUUGAUCUUGUGUUGCGGAAAGUCUAUUGGUCAGACUCUAAGUUCCAUUCCAUCUAUACAUGCAAUUUUGAUGGCUCAGGGCGCCGGGUUGUAUUGCACUCAUUAGAAUAUUUACCUCAUCCAUUCUCCAUCACAGUAUUUGAAGACACAAUGUACUGGACAGACUGGCGGAAGGAAGCCAUUCUUAGUGCUAAUAAAUUUUCUGGAAAAAAUGUACAACUUAUUGCUCAUUCACAUCCUACACCAAUGACAGUUCAUGUCUAUCACAGCUAUCGUCAGCCUAAUGGGACAAAUCAUUGUACACCACUUAAUGGUUUGUGUACACAUCUUUGUCUUCCAGCUCCUCAGACAAAUCCAAAUGCUCCAAAAAUAACGUGUGCAUGUCCAGAUGGACUAAUCCUGAUGUCUGAUGGUCUUACUUGUGAAAGCGAGGAUGAAGUAAGCAGCAGUAUGAUACCAGAGAGGGAAGAUCUUGAUGUCAGUAACAAGCCAACUGAUGGCGAGGAUGGUAACGUCGCAGUUGCUGCUAUUCUGGCUGCCAUUGUGGUACUUUGUGUUGCAGCCAUUCUGGCAUACAUUGUCUACCGAUACUUCCGUAAACGAUCAGUGCAGAGCAUGAAUUUCGACAAUCCAGUUUACAAAAAGACAACAACUGAGGAUGGCUUCCACCUGGCAGGUCAGCAACGUUCUAGUUUCCAACGAGGCUCAGCUCAGCCACCAUACCAUAAUAGGCAGUAUGGCAUUUCGUCUCCGGAAGAUGGCCUUUGUGAGCCAAUGGUUAACACGCUCAAAUUCUAACAACGUCGUUGGAACCUUUGACAAAUGGCAGCAACAACUUUGUAUGAAGGAUGGUUGAAUUAGCACCUCCUAGGCUCACCCCUUCUGACGGAGUCUAAGGAUUAGGUCUAGUCCCAGGAACUGAAACUGAAUUCAACAUGGCAAUUUUUGAAGUGUUUCAAAAAGGCCAUCAAAAAUCUUUCUUAUUAAGUACAUUAUAUGGAUUUGAGAUGGGAGUGGCAUUUUUUGCCAUAUGUUGUUGUUUGAGAUUCCUUCUCUUGUCAUGCAUACAGAACAAUUAAUUUUCAUAAGAACAAUUUUAUAGUGACAGAAUAGUAUCUAUUGUUUGUGUCGUUUUUCUCCCAAGGCAAAGUAGUGUGUAUUUAAUGGCUUGUAAUGCAAUGUAAAUAUUAAUGAGGACAAGAUGAAACCUUGCUCCUCUGUCACAAAGAACUCAAGUCAGCUGUAAAGUUUGGCUAUUCUUACCUAUAAAAAAAUGGUUUGACCGGUGACUGGAGUAUUGUGCACUUACAACAGGAGCAUGUGAAAUUCUUUCAUAUAUUCAAGGGUGUAAAUGAACAAAUAUUGUCUUGGAAAACUGAAGAGUUGGUUCUUAUUUAUGCAUGGUAAGACUUGGACUAAAGCUCAUCCUAUUUCUGUGAACUCCUAGAUAAUGAAAUCAUAUGAAACUUGACAAGAUCAUGAGAGAUGAUGUGCUGUGAGACUGUCCAUGCUCAUAUUUUGUGCAGAAAUGUUAUCAAGUUACAAAUCGGCAACUUGAAUUUCUGUGCAUUUAGUAACUUGGUCUUUUUUUUUUUUAUUCUACUUUCCAGUCUAUUUUUCUCUUGUAAAUACAAUAAAAACCAAAGCUUCCAGUGUUCUGUGCUGCAGGAAAAACUACAUGAAAUCUCCAAAGUAUUUUAUCUUAAAUUAGUAUUUAUAAUGUACAUCAGUGCUUAAAUUUUCAAUUUUAUUGUGGGGGUUAGUUUGGUUUGAUUCUUCACCUUACACCUUCAUUGCAUUGAACACAGCUGACUAGGGUUCAUUCCUUAGAAAUGAAAGUAAUUUUUUCAAAUAUUCAAUGUUAUACAUAAUAAAAAUAUGACAAAUUUUAAAAGUAAUUUGUAUUUUUCCUAACAUACAAAACUGAGGUCUUUGUAAAAAUUAAUAAAUUCUAGCCCACAAAAAACUGAACAAUACCAGUUGUUCAAAUACUGUUAAACUGCAGUUUUUUUAUGUGAAUAUUUCAAUUAAAUGUUAAACUACAAUUCGUAAUUAUUUUAACAUUUCAUUUUAAACCGCAAUUGUAAUUAUUUGAAUAUUUAAUUUUACUUGACCAAAGUCUAUACUCUACUAAAGUUUACUGUCAUAUAUUGUUCUAUGCGAGAUUAGCUUAGUCAUUUGUGUAAACUAGUCCUUGACAAAUUACAAGUAAUUGUGUAUAUUAUCUGAUGGGAAAAGUCAGCUGUGUAAGUAGACAUGCUAUUGUAAAUUCUGAUAACAGAAUAUGCAGUACAGUACUUUUUACUUACUUCAGUAUUGUUAAUUUGCUGUUGCAUGUUUUGUCUUCCCUUUUACCUGUUUACAGAGGGAAUUUUAUUGUAAACUGUUGCAUUUAUAGGAAGUUUCAGGUGAACAAAGUAAUUGGUCAUUUGUGGGUAUUUUACCAACAUUGUUGACUUAUAAAUUUUAAGAUAUGAUUGAGGAUUGAGGGACACAAAAUUAUGUACAGUUAUUUCAUUAUCAAGGGAAUUUCAGUUAUGUUUUAACCAUGGAAAAAAUAUUACCCCAUAACCAUUUUAUACUAGAAUGAGAAAAGAUAUUUUAAUAAAUUAAGAUUUUAAUUUAAAAUAUGAAAGGUUUUGCAAUUAGUAACUAUAAUUAAUAUUUACAAACUUAAUGUCACAGACAUCCUUACCUGAACUACAUUGGAGUUAUGUCCCAAAGUGUUAUACCUAUUAUACUAAAGAAAUAUAUAUUAUACUGAAUUAUAAAUUUACAGAAGCAUACACUGCUACACUCGCAGGUAUAAAAGCUGAAGGCUUGUUUAACUUUUCAUUAAAUGCUGUAUAGUUUUGUUGUAGGGUAUGUGUUAAUUUUUAUAAGAGCUAUACCAAGAAAUGCUGAAUGCUUCUUCAGUUUCUAGGGUUAAAAAUUUAUCGCACAAUAACAAUUAAACAAGGGCUUGUUUUAAUUAAGAUUUGGUCUUUUUUUGAUUAUGCAGUGCUUUUGAGUUUCUUAGCAAUAGACAAAUCUUGAAGGAUUUUUUAUGUAAUUAUACAAUUAACUCCUUGUGACAUUUACAUCUUAUAACCAGGAAGUCUAUUGUCAGUUUCAUCAUAAAUCUCUGCAUAAUUAUUUAAGUCAAAUCAAUAGUGAUUAAUGUUGAUUAAGCUGUCACUUUCCUGCAGAAAAUUGUGACACAGGACCGAACAGUAUCAUUCACAGUGCCAAGUUUUAACAUUUUCUGUAUCUGCUGCACUAAGUGUAGAAAAAAUAAUGACGAUGUGGGGAAAGGCCUAGCAUAUAGUAUUUGUAUCAUGUGACUUCACUCUGCAGAACCUAGUUAUGACAAACAGUUACCUUAGAUUCCCUGAAUCAUUAAAACUGGGACCUUUGUAAUAUAUAUAACUUUCAAAUGUUUGAUGGUCACAGCAAUGGCAAAAAAUUACCCAUUCUAGUCCUUUAUAUAUGAAUAAGAAUUAAUUUGGCUAGUUGGUAGUAAUUAGCAACUAGAAUUUUAGUGAAUUUCAUUUUGUCUGUGUGCUUUUCUACCAGUGCUGUCAUUUAUGUAUAAAUUGUAAGACACAUAUUCAGUAAAGAAUAAUUGAAUGUUGUAAAAUAAGUCCGUGUCAUUUUAUACGGCUUGUAAGUUUCAACUGACAACUUGUUCAUAAAUAGUUCAAAGUUAAUGUUCUUAAUUCUGAAUAAUGCUGUAACUCAAAUCCAAAGACCCGAAGAGUUUAUCCUGUAUUUUUAUUAGUGUUUAUAAUUUCAUUAUUCAUUACUAAUGUAUGUAAAUUUAGAAUUUAACAGUGCAGUGUUUGUUUUAUUCAUUGGAUAACCUAUGGUUGGACAGUACUACCAUACAUAUAUAUAUUCAUUACAUAUUACUCAAAUCUUUUUAAGUUUUUUUUAAAUCUCAGCACAUUUUCUGCAAGUUUAUGAACUGCUAAUAAGUAGUUAACAAGUUGGAAGUAACUGCACAUUUUAUAAAUUUCAGAAUUAUUUUUGGGAGAGUAUGAUUAUGGAUAAUUUUCAAAGUAUUUGAUACUUUUCACCAAGAAAAUUAUCUUAAAACAGGUUGUUUCUCCUUAGGAACAAAACACAAAUGAAUACCAUAUGUUGGUGUACAUUAAAAUAAUCUUUGUUCUACAAGUGAUUACUUAUAUCCUAAAUCGCUUUAAGUUCCCCACUACCUUUGAGGUGUACAGCACAUAUAAAAUUAAUUUAUAAAUCUUACCAAAUUUACUUCAUCAUAAAAUUUCCCUGGAUUGUGAUUCUUUUAUAUAAAUUUAAAUGAGAAUUAAGUUGAAACUGUGAUAUACAGUAUGUUUGUUAGCUUGCUUGUCUUGAAGCUCAAGACUUCACUCUCAUUAUUUUUAUGUAUAAUGAUGUUAAUUUAUUGUAAGAAGAGAAGGUACUCCUUGUUUGUUAUUAUAUUUCUUACAGGUCCUCUUUGUCAGUUACUUAGGAGUUUUAUGUCUACUUAUCAGAAAAUGUGUGUCUAUGUUUUUAAAUGUAGUGAAUGGAUACAUGCAUGACUGAGCUUUUGCCUGAUAUGAAUGUUGUAUUUAAGUUUGGUGUAAGGAAACUCAGCCGGUAACUCAUUAUUAUUAUCAAUAAACUUUAGAGGUGGCUAGGUUGUGGUUGGGGUCUUAAAAUUUCAUGUCGUAUAAUACUGACUUCAAAGGAAUGGGAUAUUACCAGUAUUACUAUACAUUUCAAUUUGGGAUUAACUCUAUACAAACUGCAGUUUUGAUGCCAUUCAAAUCGUUAUAUGGGUGUUUUCUUCUUUUACCAUUUAGUAAUCAGCAGCAUAGACUGUUGUUUUUGCACUGUCACUCUUGUUAAUAGAUUGUGGCACUGUUUCAAACUCAUCAGUAGUAGAUGUUUUGGUGUUUAAAUACAAUAUUCCUUGACCUAGUCUUUCCCUCAAAGGUUUAUUUUAUGACACAACUGUAUUGGGAACUUUUUAAGCAACUGAUCUCUCCAGGAUUUGUAUUGGUGAACAUAAACCAUGAUCCAUAGAUUUCAUAAUUAAAAGUAUAUAAUGACUCAGUAUAUAAAAUACACCUUUGAAGAAUAAUAUUACCAGUCCAGAGAUCCGUCCUGUUGGCAACUCUGCCUGUACUGCACUUGGUACUCCUAAAAGGAGAGAAUUUUUAUUUUUCUUUGUUGCUAAGAAUCUGGUCUAAAAUAUUUAGAAAAACUGUAGUAAAUAAUGCAGACUUUAAAAUUAUUUUAUUGAUGGAAUUUAUCUAUUACAGUAUAAGGUAAGUCACCAUUUUGCAUCUUAAGUUUCUGCAAGAAUCUUUUGAACAGCAGUGUUUGAAAAAGUACAUUUCUCUCUUUCAUUCCAUGAGUAUACAGUUUUCUUAUGUGUCACAUUAGUUUACUUCUCUUUAUUCUUAUACCUAUUGAACAGUCUAUUUACUUUUACCUGUCACAAGGUGUUUGCAGAGUUUACUCAUUAAAAGUAGUCUUUUCAUCCCAAUAUAGUAUAUUGAAUUUUCAAGAGAAGAAAACUUAAAACUAAGCAUCUAACAUGAUGUAGAUAUUGUAAAUAUGCUUUGUGGGCACAGUAUUGGACACCAGUGACUAUUUUAUUUAACUCCUGAGGUUGUCUUUUUGACAGUUUUUGGCCUAGCUAUUAGGCAUGAUUACUCUUUAUCUGGUUCUUUGUCAAUUGUGUCAAUUUGUGUGCAAUGUCAGGUUAACCAUGGAGAUUAAUUUUACAAGCAGAGUACUAUUGACAUUAAUGUAUAAGUCUUAUUCAUUAACUCCUAGAUUGCCAUUUCAGGAUUAGAGAGGUUGUUUCAAUUGUGCUGUGCAGGCAAGAGCAUUAGUGCUUCUGCUGACAUAAAAAGUAAAUUCUACUCCACCCGUGAAUAUCACUGUCAGGAAUCACAUUUUCUUUUAUAACUUAUCUGUGCUUCACUCAAUGAAAUUCCUUAAAGGCUGAGUGUGCUGAAUGUGAAGGAAUGAAAGUUUAAAUAAUAUACCAAGUUAUACAUUCUUGUAGUAUGUUUCACCAAUUUUAAACCCAAUAGCUUAAGCACAAUGUCCACUCUGUGUGCUUGUAUUUAGGUUAUAACUAUGGUAUUGUAUAUUUAGAGUAUUGUAACUAUCAGUUUCAUAAUAAAAUACUUCAUUAUA